ACGCCGGUGGCCCCGCCCCUCGCGCUGUACCACGCCCUCAAAGGCUCCGCCUCUGCUGCGUGAAUCCCACCCCUCUAUCUGCAGGACCCUGAGCCGUAAUGAUCUUGCAACAGCCCCUGGAGCGAGGUCCCCCAAGUCGGGACCCACGGGCCACCACUGGGGUGACCCGCCGCCUGGAUGCCAGGGAACCUUUGCACAAGCAGUUCCUGUCUGAGGAGAACAUGGCCACCCAUUUCUCCCGACUCAGCCUACAUAAUGACCACCCCUACUGCAGCCCCCCUGUGACUUUCCCCGAAGCCCUGCCACCACUCAGGAGCCCUUGCCCAGAGCUGCUUCUCUGGCGCUAUCCCGGGAGCCUGAUUCCUGAGGCCCUCAGGCUGCUGAGGCUGGGGGAUACCCCCAGUCCCUACUAGCCUGCAUCCCCAGCUGGGGACAUCAUGGAGCUGAGUGCUGAUGGCUUGUGUCCCUCCCCAUCUUCUUCCUGACAACAAAGACCAGCAACUCCCAGAAAGGGAUGAAGUCCUUCUCCAAACCAGGUGCCUGGCCACCAGGACCUUCCCCUGACUGGAAGACACAGAGCUUGGUGGGACCCUCAGUGAGAAGCGGCCUGGGAAAGUGUCACCCCAUUAGUAAAUAAAAACCUGUGAACAGUUGAA